AUGAAGUUGAAAAAUAAGGUAAGGAGAAUGAGUUAGUAAAGAGGGAGAAUAAAAAUUUAGAAAAUAAAGAAAUUGGAAUAAAAUGAAAAAGUAAGAAAUAUAGAUUUGGGUAAGCCUCCUAAUUUAUAAAAUAUAACUAUAAAUAAACCUAAUAUUUGGGCAGCUAAAGAGGGUUCCAUUAGAUUGUUAACUUUUCUUAUUGCUUAAGGAAGACAUAUAUUACUUCAUCUUGCAGGAGCAAAAAAGUCAAUAAUUAAUGAAGAAGAUAAAAGAGAAAUGAAAGAAAAAGAAGAAUUAUUAAACUUUAUUAACAAAAUGAAACCAUUAUAUGAUUUAUUGGAAUCUAUAUAUCAAACAUAUCUUGAAUUUCCACUAAAAUAGAAAAAGAAAGAAAGAUUAAUAGUAUUUUUCUUUAGAAAUAAUUCUGAUCAAGAUCCUUAUUAUGAUAAAUUAAGUCCUUUAGAAAAUUCACAAUUUUAACAGAAUUUAGAUGAAAUUAAAUUGUAACUUGAUAAAGUCUUUUAUCGAGAACUUUAUAAUAUUUUAAAAUAACUGGAUGGAAAUUAAAAUAAUAUAUAAGAUCAAAUCAAUUUAAUAACAUAAGAUAUUAUUGAAUAGACCAAUUAAUUAGAUGAACUCUCUUAAGCUAAUACUAUAGUGAAGAAUUUAUUUAUUUAGUUAUUAAUAGAGUAAGGGAAUAAUAAUUUAUCAUUAUUAUAAACAAUAAUUGAAAAAUAACAUAAAAACUAAUUACUUUUAAUGUUUAAAGAUUUAAUUACUUAAAAUUCAAUUAGAAUUACAAAGUUUAUAACAGAUAUAGUACAAUUAUUUCAAGGAGAUGAUUUAAACAAUUCUAUUGAAUGUACUUUUCAACAGACAAAUUAUAACCAAAACUAUCAUUUCUAAUAAAAAUGGCUAUCUUUAGAAAAUGAAAACUCAGUUUAUCUAAGUGAUUGA